AUGUCCCUCUCGUCCCAGGUCGCGGAGCACUACCAGCAGCUCGUAGACCUUCCGCAGGCACAGUGGCUGUGCAGCUAUUUAGGGCUGCCCAAGCUAGUCGAUUACUGGCCAGCCAUGCUCGGUCUUGCUGUUGCGUUCCAGCUAUUGCGCCUGUCGUCCAACACCAUGUCCUCGAUAGUCUUUGGCAAAAAGUUUGACAGUCUGACCGCGCGCCAACAGUACGACUGGGGGAUUCGCGUCGUGUCGCAGGUGCACGCUAUUGUCGUUGUCAUCAUGUCCAUCCCCAUCUUUUUCAACAAGGUGCUGCUCGAGGACACGCUCUACGGCUUCGACCACUACCCCGCGUGUGUCUACACCAUUGUCUGUGGGUAA